CCUUCUCUCUCUCUAUCUCUCUCUCUCUCACCAACACACCCCCUCUCUCGUUUUCGCAGCUCCUCCCUCUUCGUUCGAUUCUUUGUCGCCUCUUCGACCGCCAUGGCUGGAAGAAAUCGCAUGCCUCGCCAGCCAAUGAACAGUGAUCUGCAUGGGUACCGAGAUGGCCCCCCGCCUCCCUUACCACGAGUAGCUCGUGGCCACGCCAUGCCGCCUCCUCCUCUGCCCUUUGAGGAAGAAAUCGCUCUCCGUCGUGACGAAAUUAGGAGAAUUGUCGCAGAUAAUCGACAUUUAAUGGACGAGAUUGUUGCCCUCAGGAGAGAGUUACCUCACGUCAAAGACGAGCUCCAUGUCUUAAGCCAAGCCAUGCCUAAACUCCGUGCGGAAAAAGAAGCUGAGACUAGGGAGUUAAUUCAGAGGGGUUUAAAAUUAGAGGGGGAGCUUCGUUCUCUCGAGCCCUUUAGGGAGGAGUUAAUGCAGUUAAGGUCUGAGUUUAAAAAGUUGGAGGCUUUGAGGGAAGAGAUGUCUGCAAAGGUUCAGAGCAUGACAAAAGAGUUAAAGCAUCUGCAGAUGGAGAACCAACAAAUGCCCAUUCUGAGAACCGAGCUUGAUGGUUUGCAUCAGGAGCUCAUGAGAACCAGCAGGACUGCUCAUGAGUAUGAGAUGAAAGCAAGCGCCGAGCAGAUGGAGCAGAAGCAAGCGAUGGAGAAGAAUCUCGUUUCUAUGGCUCGAGAGAUCGAGAAGCUGAGGGCCGAGCUGGAGAAAAGAGGAAGAGGACCUGUUCCUGGCCCUUACGGAAUGCCGAAAGCCAACCCUGAGAUGGGGUUCUCCGGUGGGUUUCGCGAGGGUUAUGGUGCGGACAAGGGGUUCUACGGUGGCGGGCCUUGGCCGCCAUAUGAUUCUCGUGGUUUUCCUCACCAUUGAAUCUGUUGCCCUCUCUCUGCGUCUCGCCCUCUCUCUAACUCACAGUUGUUUUCUUGGUAAAGCUUAAGAAUUUAGUAAAUGGUAUCUCUAUUUGGUUACUGUUUAGGUCUCAUGGUCUAUUUUAAUUGGUAACUGAUGGAAAAAAUUGGUAGCAGAGACUGUAUGUGUGUAAAUUCAGGUGGCUUAUGGUUGAGAAAGAAUUUCCAAUUUGAGCAGUUCAAAUUCUGCUGUGUUUUUGGUAGGA